AUGACUACCAAUACCACCGACCCCAAGGCAGCCCGUGCGCAACUGCGACAAGAGAUUUCCGCAUUGAUCAAGCCAUACACAUCGACAUUGCCGCAGCCACCAUUCUCCACCGGCGAGCUCAUAGUGAUGGCGCUCGUGUGCAGAGACAAGCAAAGCCUGAAGGCGGCAGACAUUAUGCAUUGGAUCGUGAAGCAGUUGAGAUUCUACCGCAAUCGAGCACUCGAGGAGUACUCUCAGCGUAUCGAGAGGAUUUGGAGCGAAACGAAAGUGGUGGUGCCAGGUUUCAACGAAGCUCUUUGUCACUACGACCUGCCUGUCACACGAACUUUGGGGCCAAGAAGUGAGCGCUCAGAUCAUUUCACCUAUUCAAUCACUACCGCGGCCGCCAGACUUUACCUUCGCAGUUAUUUGGCGAACGGCUCGACCGGAAAGUUCCCAUUUCUACGUCUUCCUGCGGAGCUGCGCAACCACAUCUACGAACUUACUUUCUCCUUUGCAGAUGGACCAGGACUCUCCGUCAAUAAGUCCGGCGGACUCAGCAUGCUCGUCCAACAUCCCGGUGAUGACUCCUACGCGAAGGACUGGUGGCCUGGCAAUCGCGGCAGAUACGAUGUUCGGCAGCUACCUCCACUUCCAGAAAUUUUGGCAUUGCUCUUGGUCUGCAAGCAGGUCUUCGGCGAAGCUUUACCCUACUUCUACCAGCUCAACCCUCUGCACGUCACUUCUCUCGAGAAUUUGACGGCGCUGGCACAACGAAUGCCUCCAUCCCGGCUGGAGCAUCUGAACCAUUUGAGCAUAGAGCUGGACGCUCAUUACCGAUAUGCCAACGAUGUGGAGUCUUACCGCCGAUUUCCACAGACCGUGAAGGCGCUCGGCGCCAUCAAGGAUCUCAAGACGCUAGAGAUCGAGACCAAUGACAAGAUGUGGCUGUCCAUGCGACCUGCCAAUCGCCAGGCGCUUGGUCGGAAGACACUCUUCAAGAAGUUCGCUCAGAUCCCAGGCAUGAAGAAGCUUGCUGAGCUUGCGGUAUCUGCUGGCUCAUUCAACUUGAGAGGCGAGGCUCCGGAGCUUCGGAAAUACCUCGACUCGGAGAUGGAGAUGAUCAAGAAGGCGCGUGAUAAGCAAGAUGGGAACCAGGAUGCUGACUCGGGCAAGGGAAAGAAGAGAAAAGCCACUGCGGAGGACACUGAUGCUCCAUCUGGUGGUAAGAAGCGUACUCGGAGGAUGAAGCAAGCUGUGAGCUCACCGCAAGAGGGAGAUGCUGCGUAA